AUGUUUUAUUGUAAGGCCUGGUCACCAAACCAGUGUCUUACCUGGUCACGCAAUAACGAUUGGUUCUCGCUCGGUUCCCGGGCCACAGUCCGAGAGGUUGGAUUGUCCUUGCACGCAUGCUGUCUGACCUCCAGCCUCUUCAGCUCUGCAUCCAGAAGUAGCAGUACCACUGCUACACCAAAGGCUACUGCUUCAGGACCCGCUUGUAGUAGUACUGGCCGUCUGCCGCAUGGCUUGUCUAGAGGCGCUGCCUCGAGACAAGAUGAAGCCUCAUCAGUAGCCGCAUUGGUUAGCUCCGGCCUUGCUGGCGACCAAGCAUCUUGGCUUACAGGUUUAGCUGCUAAAAUGUCU